CAAAAGCUCACCAAGUUUGGGGCGAGGUCGAGCACAGCCAGGCAGCCACUGUGGGAAGACGCACGCUAAACUGCUUUCGGCUUCAAUCAACGAAAUGAGUAGAGCGCGGGCAUGUGCUGUCGGCCUGAGGCAGCAACUUACACGGCUUCAACGACGUGAAAGAAAUAUGGUGGGCGAACAAUUUCGUAUGAGCACCGCAGGUCCACCCAAUGGACACCAACGAACCCCUGCAACCCAGUGACUUGGGCACAAAAGAGUACUGGGACGAACUGUAUACACGAGAAUCACACAAUCACGCCGAGAACGAAGACGACGAAGGCACAAUCUGGUUCUCCGAGAGCAAUGCCGAGCGCGUCGUAACCAGAACUCUCGCGAAGCUUGCGGACCAUGGCUUCUUGAGUCGAGAGGGAGAGCGGGCUUCGCGCUUUCUGGAUCUAGGGACCGGGAAUGGACAUAUGCUUUUCUCACUUCGUGAGGACGACGAUGAAGAUGAAGGUCCUUGGAUGGGGGAGAUGGUUGGCGUGGAUUAUAGCCAAACUGGCAUUGAGCUCGCUCGACGGAUAGCGGACACCAGCACAACGGGGGAAGCAUUGCGUUUUGAAACGUGGGAUCUCCUCACCCAAGACCCUGGCGACUGGUUCCAGGACGGCUUUGACGUGGUGCUCGACAAGGGCACCUUUGAUGCGAUUUCCCUGGCGCAGCACGACGACGGCUCAAGCCAUCCUUGCGAGGUGUAUCGAGAUAGAGUCGAGAGGCUGGUCAGGCCGGGUCAAUUCCUCCUGAUCACUUCAUGUAAUUGGACGAGGGAUGAGUUGGUGAGGUGGUUGGCGCCAGAUGGUAGCGGAGAGCUGGCUUUUUAUGAUGAGGCAAAGUACCCGACCUUCAUGUUUGGGGGAAAAGCCGGGCAGAGCGUUGUUACUGUAGUCUUUCGAAGACGUGCAGCUGAUCCAAAAUAACGAAAAGACAGCAGGG